GGAGCGCAGCCCUGAGAGGCGUGUGGUUGCCCAGGCAACGAGGGCGGGCCGCAUCCGCCUGGCGCGUGGCACGGUUGCCAAGGCGACCGUUAGGCAGCCGCCGCGGAACCCGGCAGCGCGGCUGUUGAAACCCCCCGGGCCGGAGCAGCAGCUUGGACCAUGUCGCACGAAGGCUCGAGGCAGGCUCGAGACCGAGGAAUGACCCGAUCCAAGGCAGAAAAAGUGCGGCCCCCUACUGUGCCUGUGCCGCAGGUGGACAUUGUGCCAGGGCGACUCAAUGAGGCCGAGUGGAUGGCACUCACAGCUGUGGAGGAGGGCGAAGAGGUGGUGGGGGACAUCCUAGCAGAUCUGCUCUCGCGAGUCAUGGACGCCGCCUUCCAGGUCUACCUCAGCCAGCAGUGCAUCCCAUUCACCAUUAGCCAGGCCCGGGAGGCCAUGCUACAGAUCAUAGAGUGGCGCUUCCUGGCCCGGGAUGAGGGAGAAGCUGCGGUGGCUGAUGACCCCACGUGGGGCGAGGAUGAGGAGCCUUCAGCAUGUGCCACAGACUCCUGGGCUCAGGGCUCCGUGCCCGUGUUGCACCAGUCUGUCUCUGUGGAGUUGGAAGACACCCUCCAGAGAGAAGGUCAGAGGAGCACAGACCGAAGCCCUUCAGGAAGACGGUGGACGGGCAGAGAUUCUCAGGGGCAGACGGAUUCUUGGGAGCAGACUCCUGAGUCGAGGGUCACUCAAGAUCCCCCACCCACCCCGGAGCUGUAUGAGGAGGCAGGGGAGGAACUGGAGGACCAGGAUACAGACAAGCGAUCCUCGGCUGGGUCCUUGGACGUGAGUCUCCAGGGUUCGGUGGAGCUGGGGUCCAUGGGCAGUCUCCACCCUUCUCUGGAGCUGUCCCUGGAAGGCAGCCCCCUGCCCUGGGUUGAGAGCUCACAGUCGGGUAGCACCCCGCUGUCACUCGAAGACCUCUAUUUAAACAUAUCCCAGCCGGACGCGGCGGGGGACGGGCCACAGCUCAGGCAGAAGGUGUCCCCAAAGGCGUCAGGGGUGUUGGUGGACAACUCCACCGCGAGGUUGCAGCCACGGCGCCCCCCUGCGGUUGCUGAAUCCCUAAGCGCCCUUCCAUCCCCGGCGCGGCACAGGCCGACCUUGGUGCGGCUGGACCCCGCGCGCUUGCCCCAGCGCUGGGUGCGCCCGCAGGUGGAGGUUCUGUACCCAGGAGCCAAUGAGCCCUAUCUGGAAGCCUCCGGCAGGUGCCAGCGCCCAGAGAAGCCGGAGCACCAGGUCCGACCGCAGCGCCCCCGCCCAGAGUCUCACAUCUCCCAGGCAGUCAAGGUCCCUCUCUGGCCUGGCGUUUCUUUGUGUGAUUUGGGCCAAGACCCUAGACGCCUAUUCCCACCUUUAGGCUCAGGCCUACAGUCCCCAAACUUUGGGUCGAAAUUGCCCUUCCCUAGCCCAGCACGUCGUUUUCUAGCUACGGACUCUGUGCAUGACACUAUGACCCACAUCCCUAACCCCCAAAUAUGGCCGGUGUCCAAGUGGCCCCGUGGCUGGGAGGCAGAAGCCAGGAUGCUGGGCGAGAUGUGGGCGGGCCGCACCCAAGCACAUCCACAAGACCUGGAGCAGGAGGACCGCAAGGGUCAGAAGGACCAGGAUCCCUACAGGUGGCCUCAGCCUAUGCCGAAGCUCAAGGCCACUUCCCAAGUCAUGUGGAAGCCCUUGUUGCUGCCAGAAGCAAUAAAAUUGACUCCUGGUGUGAGCUUGUGGAACCCAACCACCCAAGUGCUGCUCAAUUCUGCAGUGCCCCAGUCUGAGGAUAAAGAUGACAUCUCUCUUCCUACAGGGCAGCAUCCCAUCCAGGCAGCUGCCCCAAAGCCUCAGGUGACUGUGGCACAGCUAACGAAAAACUCCACCUUCAAAAUGUGGUCAGAGCCCCCCAGGUACUUGCCCCCUUCUGAUCCUUGAACCUCAGGCAGUUGGACGUUCCUUCUGCUUGCUUGCCAGAAAUAAACAUCUGAGCUGCCUAAAGAA